AUGGAGCGUGUCCUUCAAGAAAAACGUUGUCGAAAGGAGAAAGAAUUUCAUGAAAAGCAGAUGCAGCAAGAUAGAGAUCUAAAGGAGCGCCAAUUGAGGGAGGAACGGGAGAUGUUGGAAAGGCAGUUGAAAGAAGAAGCUAGAUUUGCUAGCGAACGUAAGAAGCUGCACGAGCAUUUUCAAGAUGCGAAGAAAGCAAUUGCGAAGAGUAUUUCCGAAGAAACAGAAGGUGCUGUUGGAGGGGAGAAGCUGAAGAACGACAACGAAUUAUCGUUCGAUAAGAAGGUCCAGUUCUGGCUGAAGCAGCAGGAUCAAGGUAGAAAUGGAGCGAAAUCCAAACUAUCCUGCUCAAUAGCGGAUAGUGAAGACUACGGUGAAAUCGAAGAGGAUGAUGCACCUGAGGAAAAAGGUAAUUCAGAAUACCCCGCAGGAGAAGAUUUCGGAUGUACUUCCGAAGACCGCGAACUACUCGGAAGAAUCGUGCGGAAUGGGAGGAUGAAUGGGCCGGGGGAAAUUAUACCACCACCGCAAGAUCGGCCACAACGGCAUACAGUGAAAUUAUCCCAGGAACAAUUGGCAGCUCGCCAAGCCGUAUCGAAAAACCUACCUGUCUUCAAGGGUGAGGCAGAGAAGUGGCCAAUGUUCAUAAGUUGCUUUGAAUAUACCACUAAGGCCUGCGGUUUCUCUAACUUAGAUAAUCUGAAACGACUCCAAGAUUGUCUUCAAGGAGAUGCUCUCGAAGCUGUCCGGAGCCGGUUAGUCCUUCCGGAGUCGGUACCGGAUGUCAUCAACGACCUUCGUCGUAUAUUUGGCAGACCAGAGAAACUGCUGAAGACCCUUCUCACGAAAGUGCGGAAUGCACAAGCGCCAAGGGCCGAUCGCUUGGAAACCUUCAUGCAAUUUGGAAUAACAGUGAAGCAGUUGUGCGAUCACUUGGAGGCGGCUAAGCUAGCGGAUCACCUUAAUAACCCAAUGCUUGUCCAGGAAUUGGUGGAGAAACUACCGUCAAAUUACAAAAUGGACUGGGUCCGUUUCAAAAGGAGCAGGAUAGGAUCUCCUUUGAGAAUAUUCACCGAUUUUAUGAACGACAUCGUAGCAGAUGCAUCCGAAGUAUCAGAGUUCUCGACACUCUUUUUGAGUGACACCCGAGAAGCAUCGCACUGCGGGAAAGGGAAACCAAAACGAAAGGAGUAUAUAAACAUUCACCAUUCUUCUUCUGGCCUACCGGCAGUUCCACCCCCCUCGAAGGAAACCAAGCCCUGUCUCGUCUGUAAAAGGUCGGAUCACAAACUACGCUUCUGCGACGAUUUUAAAAAGUUCAGUUUUGCGAACAGAUUAAAGGUCGUGGAGCAACACAAGCUCUGUGCCCUGUGUUUGAACAACCACGGGAAGAGUCGUUGUACCUUCAGGAUUCGCUGCAAUAUCAAUGGAUGUCAAGGUGGUCAUCACCCUCUAUUGCAUCAUGCUGAGGGAUCCAUGCAGCUUAUGGACAUUGCGUGCAACGCGCACGGCGCACUGAGCCGCGGAGUGAUCUUCCGGAUGGUGCCCGUAACUCUAUAUUUCGGAGACCAUGCACUGGAUAUUCUGGAAUUCAUGGAUGAAGGUUUGUCAUCCACUCUGGUUGAAGAUGCCGUAGCUAGAGAGUUGGAUGCCCGAGGGCUCGCGGAACGGUUGGUAGUUACAUGGCCAUGCAAUGUGAAGGGAUUCGAAACUACGUCCAAAAGAGUCAACCUUAUGAUUUCAGCGCGUGAAUCGGAUGAAAAGUUGCCGUUGAAAGACGUUCGCACUGUUGCUGAACUAAAACUCCCAAAACAGAGUCUCCAGUAUACAAAAUUAGCUGACCGAUACCCACAUCUCGACAAUAUUCCCGUAGCGAGCUACGAGAUUGAAGAGCCUAGAAUCAUCCUUGGACUGGAUAACCUAAAUGUGUUUGCUCCACUCGAAUCACGAGUUGGAUCACCUGGCGAGCCGAUCGGUGUUAAAUCCAAGCUAGGGUGGACGGUUUACGGCCCGCAACCGAGCGGAACCGUAGUAUCAGAAGUAAGAGUCAACCUUCACUCGUUGGAACCAAUGACCAACCAGGAGCUACACGACGCCAUGCGUUCUCAGUUUUUGUUGGACGAUCCCUCGGUAGCCUCUGUGGCAGAAUCAAACGAAGAUGCGCGGGCUCGGAACAUAAUGCAGACAACAACAAAGCGAAUUGGAGACCGGUACGAAACCGGAUUACUGUGGCGACGAGAUGAGCAGAGAUUCCCAGAUAGCUACCCAAUGGCUGUCUCACGAUUGAAAGCGUUAGAGAGAAAGCUGGAGCGAGAUCCGGAACUUGGUUCGAAGGUUCAUCAGUUAAUAGCUGAGUACCUGAUAAAAGGCUAUGCGCAUAAAGCUACCGUCGACGAACUGGCAGAUAUGGCGAAGGGAAAUGUCUGGUAUAUUCCUCUGAACGUUGUUAUCAACCCUCGAAAACCAGGGAAGAUUCGUCUCGUGUGGGACGCGAGAGCAUCUGUCAAUGGGAUAUCACUAAACUCGGAGCUCUUAACCGGCCCUGAUCAGCUAGUGCCUUUGCAGACCGUAAUCAGCAAGUUUCGGGAAAGACGCGUGGCGUUUGGCGGGGACAUCCAGGAGAUGUACCACCAGUUCCGUAUAAGAAGGGCAGACAGACAGUUCCAAAUCUUCCUCUUCCGACGAGAUCCGGCCAGCUCUCCUGAAACCUAUGUGAUGGACGUCGGAACAUUUGGGGCGACGUGUUCUCCAUGCUCUGCCCAAUUUAUAAAAAACUUGAAUGCGGCGCAAUUCGAGCAACAAUUUCCGGAAGCAUCAGCAGCAAUAAUCAACAAACACUAUGUUGAUGAUUAUUAUGAUAGUGUAGAUACCGUUGACGAAGCCAUCAAGAUAGCUACCGAUGUGAAAUUGAUCCAUUCUCGUGGAGGAUUUCACAUCAGAAAUUGGGUGUCGAAUACUCCAAAUUUCCUGGAAGCGAUGGGAGAACAGCCGAUAAACUCUACUGUGCGCUUUCAUCAAGACAAGGAAACGUUGACUGAACGCGUCCUUGGAAUAGUCUGGAACCCAGUGGAUGAUGUUCUUUCUUUCUCCACGGCUACACGUCCUGAAUAUCAUUUAAUGCUUCAUGGGGAUUCUGUUCCUUCCAAAAGGAUCGUUUUGAGCUCAGUAAUGUCAAUGUUUGACCCCCUUGGGCUAUUAUCACCAUUCACGGUGUAUGGACGAAUAUUGAUACAAGACUUGUGGAGAACUGGCUGCAGCUGGGACGAGCCCAUCGAUGGUCAGUCGUUCAAAAAAUGUACUCUAUGGACGAAAGUACUUCCGAGUAUCGAGGCCAUUCGCAUACCCCGGAGCUACUUCGGGCAAGCAAGUUCGGCGGACAUUCAAGACCUUCAACUCCACAUCAUUACUGAUGCCAGUAAAGGUGCAUACGGAUGCUCGGCAUAUUUUCGGGCAGUUGUUAACGGAAGGAUACAGUGUGUGUUGGUAUCGAGCCGUGUCAAAGUAGCACCGUUGAAACCAAUGUCUGUGCCACGGUUGGAACUGCAGGCAGCAGUAUUAGGAGCAAGGUUAGUGGUAGCAGUACGAAUUAAUCACACGUUCAACAUAGCGCAACAGGUUUUCUGGACCGACUCUACAACCGUAUUGUCCUGGAUUACCUCCGACGUACGAAGAUACAAGGAGUUCGUUGGAUUACGGAUCGGCGAGAUCCUGACGCUUUCCAAGCUUUGCGAAUGGCGUUGGGUUCCUACCAGGCUGAACGUGGCGGACCAACUAACAAAGUGGACCCGCGAUCCAAAUUUAAAUUCAGACAGCGAGUGGUUCAUAGGGCCUAAAUUUCUCUAUCGAGAGGAGGAAGACUGGCCAAAACAGAAAAGGUAUGAAUCCACGCAGGAAGAAGCAAAAGUACAUCUACUUGCUCAUGAUAUUCAGCUACUCGCACCGAUCAUCGAUGUUCAUCGAUUUUCGAAAUGGACCGUUUUGGUACGAACUAUGGCUACUGUAUUUAGAUUUGUAUCCAACUGUCGUAGAAAGAUAAACGGAUUGUCGAUCGAAGUGCUAAAAGCUACAGAUAGGCAAGCGAAAGCAAUCAAGAAAAACUAUUCGAUAGAACAUUACCCUUUAAAGCAAUUGGAAUACGAGAAGGCGGAACGGAUUCUGAUAAAAGUAGCACAAGCUGAAUCGUUUGGUAACGAGGUGAAGGUAUUGAUGAGGAACGCAAAUGUGUCCGUAGCGGAUAGGCAGCAGAUCGAGAAGUCAAGCUUCCUUUACAAACUGACGCCCCUUAUUGAUGGCGACGGAAUUCUACGGAUGGAAAGUCGCGUGGAACGUGCAGAGUUCCUAUCGUUUGACCUUCGUUUUCCCAUAGUUUUGCCAAAAGAGCACGAGGUUACAAUGAAGAUUGUUCAACACUACCACGAACGAUUUGGUCAUGUAGGGAGACAGUGA